AUGGCGGUUGCCCCGGCCGCACACGCCUACCGCGCUUCGGCUUCUGUUGAGGUUUUCAUGCAACCGACUUACACAUGUAAUGGAACUCAGAUGAUUGCAGGCCUAACAGGUGCUCUGUCGGUGGCAUUUAGAGGAAACAAUGCACUACUUUACAGAAGGGAAAAUCCUCUCUCCUUGAGAUGUUCUUUUCGCUCCUUGAAAGCAAGAAAUAACCAUUCAUCAACUGUGGCACCUAAGGACUACUGUGAAACUUACAUCCAGUUUUUGAGAGAUAAACAGAUAGUUCCUGAUUCAGAUCCUCCAAGCCCUAAAGAUGUGGACCUAUUCUAUCAGUUUAUUGAUAAGAGUAAAAGGCUCAUGGUAGUGACUGGGGCAGGAAUGAGCACUGAAUCUGGGAUUCCUGAUUACAGGAGUCCUAAUGGUGCAUACAGUACAGGUUUUAAACCACUUUCUCAUCAGGAGUUUGUUCGCUCUAUUAGAGCCCAGAGGCGGUACUGGGCUAGGAGCUAUGCUGGAUGGAGAAGGUUUAGGAGAGCACAACCAAAUGCAGCCCAUUACGCUCUUGCGUCUCUAGAAAGGAUUGGCCGUGUUCACUCAAUGGUUACCCAAAAUGUGGAUAGGUUGCAUCAUCGUGCUGGGAGUAAUCCACUUGAGCUGCAUGGGAGUGUAUAUGAGGUAAUUUGUUUAGAAUGUGGUACAUCCAUCAGCCGAGAAUCAUUCCAGGAGGAAGUGAAGAACCUAAACCUAAAGUGGGCUCAAGCUAUCGAUAGUUUGGAAGUAGGACAACCAGGUUCAGGCAAAAGCUUUGGAAUGCAGCAACGACCUGAUGGUGAUGUUGAGAUUGAUGAGAAGUUCUGGGAGCAAGAUUUUGAAAUUCCUAGCUGCCAUCAAUGUGGUGGAGUGCUAAAGCCUGAUGUUGUGAUGUUUGGUGAUAAUGUUCCUCAAGAGAGAGCUGAAAGCGCUAAGGAGGCUGCAAGAACAUGUGAUGCACUUCUAGUGGUCGGUUCAGCACUAAUGACAAUGUCCGCUUUUCGGCUGGCAAGCUCUCAAACUGGACUAAAUUACGUCUCAUCGAUGAUUAAUCCGAUCAGGCUGGCACACGAAGCAAAUGCUCCUAUAGCUGCAGUUAGCAUCGGGGAGACCAGGGCUGAUAGCAUUUUAUCACUGAAAAUCAAUGCGAGAUGUGGAGAGAUCUUACCCAGAAUACUUCAGAUGGGAAGUCUGGUGGUGCCAGACGUAAACUGA